AUGACUUAUAUAUGCACUUUAAAAUAUAAAGUUACUGUUCAUCUUAGUAGAGUAAGACGCUCUUGCUUGUUAAAGAAAAAACAAGCUAAACUUGCAUCGAACAGUUCUCAAAAUGUUUCAGCAAAUAGUGAUCUUAAAGAAAGUAAUAAUAACUUUGAAGAUGUUUUAACAAGCAACGAUGAUGAUCUUGAAGAAAGAAAUGAAGAUGUCUAUUACUGUAAAGGCAAUAAUGAAGAUGAAGAUUUUGAAGCACCAGUUAAUAACAAUAGUCUUGAGUACAACAAUACAGACGAUUACCUUGAAGAAAGUAGUGAUGACUUUGAAAGUAUUACAUUCCAUAGUGACAGUCUUGAAAGCAGUAACGAUGACCUUAAGGACAGUACUGAUGAUUGUAAAACUAGUAGUGAUGAUGUUUUAACCGAUUAG